CCGCUGUUACUCCCAACACAAACACAUAAAUCGUUGUAUUAAAUAAGAGUGGGUGUAUAUAUAACUGUAUAACUGGUCCUCUAUAUAUUUUGUCUCUAAGCUGUUUGAUAUCUAGGAGAUUGUAAAAUACAUUCAAAUUUGAAUACCCUUUUGAGUCCUUAUAUUGCAUCUCUCUCUCAUUUCACUUUGACUACCUCGGCGUCAACAAAACCCCAUUUGACCAAACCAUUCAUUUUCCCUCCUUUUGCCAUAAACCCUUUAAACCCCAAAUCUCAACUCUUUGUCAUUCUGUCAUUUCAUCAAACAGGCCACAUUCAUAAUGAAUAGAGAAGCCAAUAAUAGCAUAGACACUGAUAAUGCCACUUCUCUCAAGGUCAGUUUCCAAGACCUUAGUAUUACCAGCAAUACUAAUAGUACUAGCAUUGAACUUUGUAGCACUAGCUUUACCCUGUCUGAGAAUAAUAGCAUAGGUAGUAAGUUAAGUGAUGGUGAUUUUGAAGGGAAAAAAAUGGAUUCUAAUUCAAUGAAUGUUGAAAGUGAGAAUACAAGUUUUAGUUCAGUUAGUUAUUGUAACGGUGCUGACCCGAAUGAGGCUAGUUUUAGGGGAAUUUGUCUAUCGAAACCUCACAAAGGUAACGAUAUUCGAUGGGAUGCAAUACAAUGUGUGAAAGGGAAAGAUGGUGAGUUAGGUUUGGCACAUUUUAGGCUUUUGAAAAAACUUGGAUUUGGCGAUAUUGGUAGCGUUUAUUUAGCGGAGUUAAGGGGGAUGGGAUGCUUGUUUGCAAUGAAAGUUAUGGAUAAAGGGAUGUUAGCUGGGAGGAAAAAGGUAAUGAGAGCUCAAACUGAAAGGGAAAUUUUGGGCUUGUUAGACCAUCCAUUUCUUCCAACCCUUUAUUCACAUUUUGAAACGGAGAAGUUUUCGUGUUUGUUGAUGGAGUUUUGUAGUGGUGGAGAUCUUCAUUUGCUCAGGCAGCGUCAGCCUGGCAAGCAUUUUUCAGAACAAGCAGCAAGAUUUUAUGCAUCAGAGGUGUUGCUUGCCCUCGAGUACUUACACAUGAUGGGAGUUGUAUACAGAGAUUUAAAGCCUGAAAAUGUGUUGGUGAGGGAAGAUGGCCAUAUAAUGUUGUCGGAUUUUGAUCUAUCAUUGAGAUGUUGUGUCAAUCCUACCCUAGUAAGAUCCAGCGACCAACCUUCUUGUGCUAUCUCUGCAUAUUGUAUCCAGCCAUCAUGCAUUGAUCCGGCAUGCAAAUUACCAGUUUGUGUAGAGCCUUCUUGCUUUCAACCUUCGUGCUUUAAGCCUCGUCUUUUCAAUAAUAAAACAGCCAAAACGAGGAGUGAUCGGUCAGCCUUGGUUUCUUCUGAUUCACUACCCGUGCUAGUUGCAGAACCAACUACAGCUCGCUCGAUGUCCUUUGUUGGGACCCACGAAUAUUUAGCCCCGGAAAUAAUUAGAGGAGAUGGUCAUGGUAGUGCUGUUGAUUGGUGGACAUUUGGGAUUUUUUUGUACGAGUUACUUCACGGGAAGACACCAUUUAAAGGCAAUGGAAAUAGAGAGACAUUGUUUAAUGUUGUCGGUCAACCUCUAAAAUUUCCCGAGGGAUCCACAGUUAGUUUUGCUGCUAAGGAUUUGAUCCGAGGUCUACUUGUGAAGGAUCCGCAAAAAAGACUAGGGUAUAAACGAGGUGCCACGGAGAUAAAACAACAUCCGUUUUUUGAAAACGUUAACUGGGCUCUCAUUCGAAGUACUCAUCCUCCAGAGAUCCCUAAACCAGUUGAUCUUACAUGUUUUAAACAAUCGGGCAAGUCAUCGUCUUAUGCAAACGACAAAACUGCUUCUGAUUCGGAUAGGUCAUCUGGUCCUUAUUUGGAUUUUGAAUUUUUCUGAAUAAAUUUUGGAGGGUGGAUUUGUUGGUGUAGUUCAUUGAUGUUCAUUUUGGUUCGAAAGAAAUUUAUUUCACUUUACAAUUA